AACCGAAAGAGAAAGCGGGCUGUGCUUGGAGGACCUCGGGCGCCGGAAUGAAGCCACGGUGGGCGAGCCUCUUGCUACUGUGCUGCUGCUGUCUGGGCCGCGGGGUCUCCAGGACCUGGCCGCGGAGCCACCAGCGGGAGGCGGCCGCCUUGCGGGAAAGUCUUAUUAGACAUCGAUACUUGAACUCUUUCUCUCAUGAAAACUCCACUGCCUUCUAUGGAAUAAAUCAGUUUUCUUAUUUGUUUCCUGAAGAGUUCAAAGCUCUGUAUUUGGGCAGCAAACCUGCCUGGUCUCCCAGAUACCCAGCAGCAGGGCAGACACUCAUCCCCAAUGUGUCUUUGCCAUUGAGAUUUGACUGGAGGGACAAGCAUGUUGUGAACCAAGUGAGAAACCAGAAGAUGUGUGGAGGAUGCUGGGCCUUCAGCGUGGUGGGUGCAAUAGAGUCGGCUUGUGCAAUCCAAGGAAAACCUCUGGAGUCCCUCAGCGUGCAGCAGGUCAUCGACUGCUCCUUUAAUAAUUAUGGCUGCAGCGGUGGCUCUCCUCUGGGUGCCUUGAGCUGGCUAAACAAGACACAGAUGAAGCUGGUGGAAGAUUCAGAAUACCCGUUCAAGGCAGAAAAUGGCCUGUGUCGCUACUUUCCCAGAUCACAGUCUGGCGUUUCAAUCAAAAAUUUUUCUGCAUAUGACUUCAGUGACCAAGAAGAUGAAAUGGCAAAAGCACUUCUGAACUUCGGCCCUUUGGUGGUGAUAGUUGACGCAGUGAGCUGGCAGGAUUACCUGGGGGGCAUAAUUCAGCAUCACUGCUCCAGUGGGGAGGCAAACCAUGCGGUUCUCAUCACAGGAUUUGAUAAAACAGGAAAUACUCCGUAUUGGAUGGUGCGAAAUUCAUGGGGCAACUCCUGGGGAAUAGAAGGCUAUGCCCACGUGAAAAUGGGAGGUAAUGUUUGUGGCAUCGCAGACUCUGUCUCCGUUGUCUUUGUAUGAUCAUGCCAUGUUUUGGAGUCAUCAUGAGACAACUAUGAAAAUGAUGCUCUUCAUAAUAUGAUCUAAUAUAAUACUUAACUCUAAGCAUUAUUCACUGACAAGGUUCAACAACUGCCUACAAGAGGUUCUAAGAGCAAGCUAGCAUUAUUUUUUAAACAAUGGCAGAUCAUCCCAUUCUUGGAGAGAGAUGGACAACCAAAGUUCAUAGAAACCCCCCAAUUCAUGGCACAUGGUCCUGCAAGGAAAUCUGGAACAGUGUGAAACUGAGAGCAUGGUGGAAUCAGAGGUCAUAUCAAGCCCCCCAUCUGGAAGCAGUUUGGAUUUUUGCUUGCUUUUUGUCUCUCUGACUGUUUAUUUUAAUUGACUACUUCAGUCAGUUUGGAUCAAAGCAGUGAUCAGAAUUUGUUUUCCCUUGUGACUUAUAAUCACCAGCCAUAGAUGACCUCAUCUACUAGAACUGUCAACCUAACUCAGUGUGUAUCUCACAAUCACAGCAGCCUUCUGAGAGGGAGUGCCAUACAUAUGGAUUUGGAAUAUCAUUGUUUUACCUCAACAAAUGGACCUUACCCUAGGCAGUAGAACAACUAUGCACAAAGAAGAAAUGUGAAAGUCUCUUCUUCAGAGAGCCAACUCAACUGAAUUUAAAUGAAACACAGGGCAACCAUGUGAUAGGAAGUAUCCUAUGCUACUUCCUAUGAGUCAGAAUUUCUAGAACGCUUCACUGUCAAGGAUCCAAUACAUUUAACUUCUUGCUGCCUUCUCUCUAUAGUGGAGAACAAAGUAUUCCACAUUUUUCUGUCUCUCUUGUCUUUUACUGUAUAAUUCCCAUGUGUUUUUGAUGGUUCACCUUCCAGUCCAACAGAACUCAGUCCUAUUGUUGACAUUCCAUUUCUAUUCCCUAAUCUAUUUAAAAAAAUUCUCUGACAAUUGGUAGUCCAGCUCACUUUGCUCUUUGUUCAUGUCCCUCAUUAGAAUACCAGGAUCAAGAACAAAACUCCUUAUUCUUUUUUCUGUUCCAGUGAGAAGCAGUCUCAAAAGCAUGUGCAUAGAGUGGAGUGUGAAAAAAUAGCAAAAGAUGAUGCUUAACAUUUUAAAUAAAGUUGUCUAAUUAUUCAAGGAGCCCAGAAAGGA